AUGGGUCGCAGAAAGAUUGAGAUCAAAGCGAUCAAAGAUGACCGCAAUCGCUCAGUCACAUUUUUAAAGCGAAAGGGUGGUCUCUUCAAGAAGGCGCAUGAGCUCGCUGUUCUUUGUUCUGUCGAUGUCGCGGUGAUCAUCUUCGGCCAUAACAAGAAACUAUACGAGUACUCGUCGUGUGAUAUGCCGGAAGCCUUGGGUCGCUACCAAUACUUUGGUCCACCCCACGAACACAAAGGACCCGACGAUUUUGCGGGCAAGCGUGAAGAUGAUGACGAAGAUGAUGAGGCGACCCCGGCACCAGAGGACUUGCAGGCCGUUCAACAGGGCCCCCCUGCUGUUCCACCUCAUUUGCAUCAGACAGGAUUCCAGCAUAUCAACCACGCCCCUUCCGCCUCGCCUCCAAUCCCCAACGGCAUGACGAUAACGCGACAUGGUACCCCGCAAUCCCAGAGUCUCUCCCGCCCGUCUUCGAGAAAUCACAUCCGUCGUGUCAGCUCAAACCUUGGACCACACCAGCAUGGAACACCACCACCUCCGCCUCCGGCCCCGCAGAACGGGUUUGCAUAUAUGCCCAAUCCCUCGAUGUAUAAUCCAAACGUCCAUUCUGCAAUGGGUCAGUCGCGUCCUGGACAGUAUCAGACCUACGGUCAUCCCCAUCCCCCGCCCGCCCCGCAAGGAACGCCACCUCAGACAAUGCACCACCCACACGGACUUCCGCCUCAACCGAUGCAGCCUCAUCAAGGACCUCAGCAUUUCCAACAUCCACAUGCAGUCGGUCCCCCGCCUAUGGGGAUGCCACCAGGGUCGCAUGCCCCAGUUCAGCAGGUGACGCAAGCGUAUAUGCCAGAUCAAGGCAGGGGAUCGAUGCCACCUUCCUACGGACAAGAGAACCAGCAGGAUCGCGCUGCGCCUGUUCCUGAGAACUCACAGGAUAAUGCACCGGGUGUAUUGAAACCGGAGCAGAGCCAGUCACCGCCCCAGCCAAAAUCGUUCUCCAAGUCUCGCAGCAUCUUUACACCCAUCGAUGAUCGCGGAUCGGUCCUUGCACGCCACUUUGGAGGAGCUCCCAUGUAUGAAUCGCCGCGAGCUGAACCGAAAACGGAGACAUCCCAAGAAAACUCUCCCAAAUUAAAGCCGCCGGCCGCUCCAGUCGAGCCCCCACGAGCGUCCUCAACGCCAGAUAUCAAGCCUCCAUCUCGGACAAAUAGCGGACCCUUGACAUCGAAACGACCGGUACUGAAGGUGCAAAUACCAAGCGAGAAUUCCGAUCAAGGCAGUGCAACGGCGGGAUCAUCCUCACGCGAUUCGGCGGGGAACAAGACGGUGACUCCCGCGAAAGAUAAUCCACCUGCAGGAGGCGUGGUUUUGCCGCCUCCAUCACCAUCAGCCGGGGCGAUUCUCAGCGCUGGCGCCCAGGGGCCUCCUAAUCCAUUUGCUCGACCGCCACCCCCAGGAACGGCCUCGCAAAAUAAUUCGUACGGCAACACGGGGAACAAUAACAGUGGCAAUAAUUCCACCAAUAUCGAAACGCCACUCUCCGCGUUACCAAGUCGAUUUGUCUCCGAUAAUCUCCUCCCGUCACCAUCCAGUUUCUUCCCCGAAUGGGGUUUCGGUCGGACCGGACCAGACUCGAACUUGCUCCCGAGCCCACUCACCUUCCCAACGCCCGCAUUGCAAAGCGGGCCCAGUUUUGCCCGGGAAGACGAACAGGACAAGAAACGCAAGACCCCGGACAGUGGGCCGUCGGAUGAGGGAGCAAGCAAAAAACCCAAAACUUAA